AUGGCACCUCCUAUUUCGACAGUUUGGACUAAUUUUCAUCCUCCUUCUCCAGACUUCACCGAGAAGAACGUCCCGAAUCUCCAAGGAAAUAUCUACAUCGUCACUGGUGCCAACACCGGCGUUGGGAAAGAGAUUGCCCGAGUAAUCUAUUCUAAAAAUGCCAAAGUCUAUAUCGCAGCUCGUUCGGAGCAGAAGGCGUUGGCUGCAAUCAAAGAUAUCAAGGACACAGCACCUUCGUCCAAAGGAGAACUGCACUACCUACACCUGGACCUCGCCGACCUCAACGUAGUUAAAGAGUCAGCCCAGCGUUUCCUUUCGUUGGAAAUAAAACUAAAUGUCCUGUUCAACAAUGCCGGUGUGAUGACGGGCACUGCGGAGCCGGCUCCGAAGACCAAGCAAAAUCACGAGCUGAAUUUAGGAGUCAACAGUAUUGGCACUUUCCUCUUCACACAACUUCUUACGCCUCUCCUGACAAGAACUGCCCAGUCAGAACCUGCGAAUACAGUUCGAGUUACUUGGCCGUCCUCUUUCGCGACCGAAAUGUAUGGCGUGAAGGAUAUUGGCAUUGACGUGACAGGACUGGACACUGUAAUAACACAGCCAUCCACACUCCGCUACGGUAUCAGUAAAACAGGCACAUGGGCACUGGGUGUCGAAUAUGCUAAGCGGCACCGCGCCGAUGGUAUUGUCAGUGUGCCGCUCAAUCCAGGCAAUCUCACCUCGGAACUCGCUCGCGAUCAGCCAAUGAGUAUCAAGCUGGCAGCGAAAGUGGUCGGAUACCCGCCCUGGAAGGGAGCUUGCACGCAGCUUUUUGCAGGGCUGGCUCCAGAGGUUACCCUGGAAAAGUCUGGAAGUUGGGUCGUUCCCUUUGGUCGGUUCUAUCCUAUCAGAGAAGACUUGGUCACGGCAACUAAAUCUGUGGCUGACGGUGGCUCUGGCGGCACGGAAAAGUUCUGGGAUUGGACUGAAGCGAAGGUUAAAGCGUAUUAUUGA